CCUGUCUUCAGCCGAUGUGGUUGACACCGGUACGCCGUAUCUAAGCACCAUCUAGUGGUUCAAACGUGAAUCACAUGUAUUGUGACAAUUUCUAUUUUUGAUUUGGUUUUAUUUCAAUCUGUCGUCAGUGGUGAGCAGCGCCGGCCACUUUCAGCCAAAAAAGACAUGCCAACGUUUGAUAACGGGUACCGACUGGAGUCUGUGCUCGGCAGGGGGGGCUUUGGUACCGUCUACUCGGGGGUCCGCAUGACCGACAGCCUGCCCGUGGCAGUGAAACAUGUGUGCAGCAACAGAGUGACUGAGUGGGGCUCUUUGGGCGACGUCGCUGUUCCACUGGAGAUCGUCUUGUUGAAGAAGGUGGGGGAGGCGUUUGGUGGCGUGGCUCGUCUCCUGGAUUGGUGGGAGCGGGCGGACGGCUGGUUCCUAGUGAUGGAGCGCCCUGAGUUGGUCCAGGACCUUUUUGACUACAUCACAGACCGUGGCGCUCUGGAUGAAGUGGCAGCGCGUGGCUUUUUCCGGCAGGUGCUGGAGGCGGUGCGCCACUGCUACACGUGCGGUGUAGUCCACAGCGACAUCAAGGACGAGAACCUUCUGGUGGACCUGCGGACUGGACAGAUCAAACUCAUCGACUUUGGCUCUGCGGCGCUCUUCAAAGACGGCAUUGACACUAACUUUGAGGGUACAAGAGUAUACAGUCCACCAGAAUGGAUCCGGCUCGGACAGUGCCAUGGCCGCUCGGCCACCGUGUGGUCUCUGGGCGUGCUGCUUUACGACAUGGUGUGCGGGGACGUCCCAUUCCAACGGGAUGAGGAGAUCCUGAGAGCACAGCCCUGCUUCAAUCGUAGUGUCUCGGCAGAAUGCCGGCAGCUGAUUGGCUGGUGUCUCAGCCUGAACCCCCAUGAGCGUCCAACCCUGGAGAUCUUCCUCCAUCCAUGGGUGACAUUUCACAACGGCAAUGAGGAGGCCGGCGUCACAGCUGACCACUCGUCAUCAUCUCGGGAAGGCAUGUGAUUUGUCCGUCAAACAGCGGAGGAGCAUCAGGUGGAUGUUCUCAGGCUCUGGAGAUGUGUGGAAUGUUCCUAGAGAGCCAGAAUGUCCCCAAAAUGUUCCCAAAAUGUUUCUCAUUCACUUUAUUUCACUAUUUUUAAUAAUAAUAUAUUUAUUAUUUUCAUUCAUUUUAUCUCCAAAGUCAAGAGUUAAUUUAAGUUGAACAAACCAAUUAAAUAGAUAGAUAGAUAGACAGACAGACAGAUAGUCUAUUCGCUCUAGUUUAUUCAUGUCCAAGAGAAAUGUCAUGUUGCUGUUUAACCUUCAUGUCUGAUCCAGACAGAUCCAUCCCGUGAUGACCUUACUGGGUGAGUUGGCGAAGAUAUGAAAGAAAGAAAUGAAACUUGCAAAAGAGCCAACUCAUGCCGUUAAACGCUGCAGCCACAAUACAUCCUCUCUCAAAGCUACCAUUCCAAAUGUCUAUGCAUAGUUGAACAUAUCUGGGCAUCUGUGCUACCAGGUGGACCAUGGAUGGAUGGGUGGAUCAUGACCAAAUGUAGGGUUUUAUUACUGGGCUGUAACAUUGGCAGCAUGUUGUACUGGUUCCACACCAGAUGGAGGUGGGGUCUUGCAACUCACUCAUUCUAACUCAUUCUACUUUAGGUCCCUGGUGUUUUCCUUUGACUACAUCACCCCUUGCUUACUCUGAUAACAUCAUUGUUCAAACUUCUCUUCAAUUUGGACUUCACACCAUUCCUCUCUUGUCCCCUCUUCAUUUGAACCCUUUGUCAGCGACAUGGCCUUUUCACCCUGGCAAAGUGUUGGGAUUCGCUCGCUCGGAGACCUGUAUCUCGACGGAAUGUUUUCGUCCUUUGAGCAGCUGACCCACAAACAUCAGUUUUUCAGGUAUCUGCAGGUCAGGGACUUUGUCAGCAAGCACAUUUCCGAUUUAUUAUUUCACUUGUUUUACUCUAAAAACUUUAAUGUGGGACUUGAUGAUUGUCUGUAACUUGGUAUCCUCACAUUGAUAUGUCAAUUUUAAGUCAUAUUUACAUCACUAAUGUAUUGAUUUUCCAACCUGAUACCAGAAAGUAAAAUGUACUUGGGUAAUGGCAGUGAACCUGGCCACCUAGUGGGCAUUCUGCGCAUGCGUCAGGGGGUGGUUUGCCCUCAGACUUGCCAAGGCAAAGUUUGAGGCGCCAUGUUUUCACGGGAAGACGGUGGAAGACGACAUGGACGGUCGUUUAACUAGAUAAUUCAUGGUGGAGCCAUAUGGACAUGAACAGCAAGUUAGUGCAGUCAAAGAGUCUAAGAAGCAGAGGAGAGCAGCAGCUUGCACCAACUAGGCCGCCGGACUGUGAAGAAUAUUGACUCUCAAGAAUUUGGUCUCAACAUCUUACACAAGGGUCACAGGUAUGCUGGAGCCUAUCCCAGCUGUCCUAGGGGAGAGGCGGGGUCCACCCUGGACUGGUGGCCAGCCAAUCCCAGGGCACAUAUAGACCAACAACCAUUCCCACCCACAUUCAUACCUAUGGACAAUUUGUAGUGGCCAAUGAAGCUAACAUGUUUUUGGAAUGGGGGUAGGGGGGAGCCACGCAGACUACUACAGGCGGAGAUGCAGCGGAGAAUCGAAUCCAGGUACCUCACCAUAUUUCUCAGAAUCAGAAGCUCUGCCUGCCGUCAUCAUCCCUCCCACCCCCUUCCUGGGUGAGGUCAAGGAGCAGCCCCGUCGGAGACACGGUUCCAUAGGUGGAAGCACAGACGGAUGCCAUCUUUCAUACCUGUCAGCACACCUGAGAUUUCAGGAUGGUAGACCACCCCACGGAAGCGUGUCCAAGAAGACUGGUAUGAUGGUCCAGAAGAACCUGGUUGACUUUGAAUGGGACUUGAGAAAGCACGUCAUGUAAUCUUGGCAAGCCAGAGAUGGAAGGCCAGCAACGUGAUGAUCAUCUCUCCAUGACUGGAUCAUCUGUGCUUUGAAUCAGGACAGGAGCUGGUGCAGUGCGCGACGGACUUCCCCGGGUGGUGGCUUCCCCCUUGCACUUUGUUAGGUUGGUGUGGCACAUUGUGGUUUGGUUUGUAGUGAUUUUCUUUGGUUUGAAUUACUCCUGUUUUUAGUCUGGUCGCUGUGCUUAGCAUCCUUGUUCCUACCUUUUUUAAAAAUUUGUUUUGGGGUACUUGACCGCAUCAAUUUUGUGGCCUAUUUGGCACUCCGGCUGUUUUGACCUUUGUAUAUUUUUUUAACUGAGUAAUUUUAACCAAUAAAUUUAUUAAUACUUUAGUAA